CCCUUACCCCUUCGCAAGACACCGCCUUCGGUGUGUGUGCGCGUGAGAGAGAGAGAGAGAGAGAGAGAGAGAGAGGAAGCGGCGAUAAGGAAGGGAUCCGGGGGGGGUUCUUGGAGGGACGAUUCCUUUCUUGGGACCGACUCGAAGGUUCGGGUUUGCUGCGUGGAGUUGUGCGUUUCUUGGGGGCUCUUGCAUCUCGAUUCAAGACACUCGAGGGUUCGCUGCAUGUCGACACUGGUUGCGGAGCUGGAACUGGAUGAGUUCCCUGCGCCAACGUCUGAUUGCUAAAAUGAGAUGAGGGCGAGACUAGUUCUUUGUGUCCAUGAUUCAUGCCGGGCGAUUCUGCCCACCUAAGCCCCUGUUUUUAGGGGAAGGAGAGAGAGAUUACCAUAAACGUGGUCACUUGGUGUCUCAUGUGCCAUAUAAUCCUUUGAGACUGAGCACGUGAAACCUUUUGUGGCUCGUGGAUACAUUAAAUCCUUGGCAAGCCCCUUGUAUGUGCAACAGCUCUGUUCUGCAUACGUAUCUACUUAAAGUCAGCCCAGAUGUCGUUUCGUAGGAUAGUUCGUGAUGUAAGGGAUAGCUUUGGUAGUUUGUCAAGGCGAAGUUUUGAAGUGAGACUUUCAGGAGUUCUGGGUCAUCAUAAAGGAAAAUCUGAUAGUUCUGAGAAUGAGCCACAUGAUUUCUCUCAAAUUACCCAACAGAGCCACUGGGCUACCCUUCCUCCUGAGCUACUUCGUGAUGUGAUUAGAAGGUUGGAGGAAAAUGAAGCGACGUGGCCAUCACGGAAGCAUGUUGUAGAUUGUGCUGGUGUGUGCAGGGCAUGGAGGGAGAUGUGUAAAGAGAUUGUUAGAAGUCCAGAGUUUUGUGGGAAGCUUACUUUUCCGAUAUCACUAAAACAGCCUGGACCUCGAGAUGGGAUGAUCCAGUGUUUCAUUAAAAGGGACAAGUCAAAAUUAACUUAUCAUCUUUAUCUGUGUCUUAGUCCUGCUGUGCUUGUUGAGAAUGGGAAGUUCCUCCUAUCAGCUAAAAGGAACCCAAGGACAACCUGUACAGAAUAUGUCAUUUCAACGGAUGCUGGUAACAUAUCAAGGUCAAGCAGCACCUACGUCGGAAAGUUGAGGUCAAAUUUUAUUGGCACCAAGUUCAGGAUCUAUGACACCCAGCCUCCAUACAAUGGGGCUGCUCUGUGUCCUCCGGGACGAACAAGCCGCAGGUUUUACUCCAAGAAAGUCUCUCCCAAGGUCCCGUCAGGCAGCUACCCCAUAGCUCAGGUAACUUACGAACUGAAUGUCCUAGGCACACGAGGACCACGCCGAAUGCACUGCAUCAUGCACUCUGUUCCCGCAUCAGCCCUAGAGCCUGGCGGCGUCGUCCCUGGCCAACCUGACAACCUAGUUACAUGCUCCUUGGAGGAUUCCUUCCGCAGCAUGUCAUCCCUUUCCUCCGUCAUGGACCGAUCUUUAGAUUUCAGCAGCUCUCGCUUCUCUGCCACUUCCGCCGGCGGAGCUCAAGAGGGGUUUGAGGCUACUACCGAUACGAAGGAGAGACCGUUGGUGCUGCGGAACAAACCCCCCAGGUGGCAUGAGCAGCUGCAGUGCUGGUGUCUUAACUUCCGGGGCCGGGUGACCAUCGCCUCCGUGAAGAACUUCCAGCUCAUAGCUGCAACACAGCCUGCUGCGGUUGGCCCCCCGACGACGACGACGGCUCAGCCGUCUGGAUCAGGUCAUGAUAAGAUUAUACUGCAGUUUGGCAAGGUGGCAAAGGAUACGUUCACCAUGGACUACCGGUACCCACUUUCAGCCUUCCAGGCUUUUGCCAUCUGCCUAAGUAGCUUUGACACCAAGUUGGCUUGUGAAUAGAACGAGAAUCGAUGGUAUAAAAUGAGAGGCAACAACACGCUACUCUGCAUGUCACCUUGUGUUGUAAUUCUUGUUGGUUAUUGUACGAUUACGAGUUCUCGAUUCCUACGAGCUGCUUCGGGUGUUGAAGGCCUACUA